UUAGGUGAUCACGUGAUCACUGUGUAUUAUUGGAUUUCCCCAGGUAGGUAAGGUGAGGUAGGCAGGUAGAUUGGUUAGUAUCGACGAGCUCUCAACAAGAGUAGAAACACCCAGACUUCACGACGGUGGCCAUGCAUUUGUCUUUAUAAUAAUCGCUGGCCGGAUCCAAGAUAUACUUCACCUCACCUGUAACGAGUUUAAUAUUUACGUUUUCGCCAUCAUCACACCUGGACCAUGGAUUGCCUGGUACAGCAGCCAGUCUGGACAGGAGCCUACCAUCACAGGCCUCUGCCCCUCUCUCACCAUCAUCAUCAUUUCUUCUCUCCCUACUACUUCCCAAAGAAGAGAUCAUCAAUCUCCCAUUACUAUCCAGCAUCCUCAUAUAACUUCCCAUCCAAACACGACGACGUGGGUUUCCCCACUGAUAUUAAAAUAGAAGCUAGUGAAGAAUGUUUACUUGACGAUGACAAAGAUGAGAAAAUCUGCGUAGUAUGUGGAGAAAAGGCGUCUGGGUACUAUUUCGGUGCUCUGGUCUGUCUACCAUGCAAAAGCUUUUACAUCCGCUGCACAAAGGAGGGCGAGCCAACCUUCACCUGCCAGUGCAAUGGCAACUGUGACAUUGCAAAACAGGGCCGCAUUCGGUGCCAGUACUGUCGCUACCAGCGAUGUCUUAUGGCUGGAAUGUGCCGUAAAGAAAAGCCCGAAACUGUCCAGCCAGCCGAAGGACAGGUGUUGUGUAAGGUUUGCGGAGACAUUGCUAACGGUAUUCACUUUGGGGUCAACACCUGUGAAGGAUGUAAGAAAUUCUUUCGACGAGGUUUAGUUGAGAACCAAAGCUAUGUGUGCAAGGGAGAUAAGAAAUGUACCAUCAAUCCACGGAAUCGCAACAACUGCCGCUUUUGCCGCUACCAGAAAUGUAUCACUGUUGGUAUGUCCAGAGAAGCUAUCAAGAUGGGUCGUCCAAAGAAGUCCGAUAACAGUGACAGUCUUUUGUCCUGUUCCCCUGGAACUGACCUGUCUGAUCUGUCUGAGGAGAGUAACAGCCCUCACUCCUCUCUGAGUGAGAUGUCACCCCAUUCCUCCUUCGACAGUGGAGCAGGCUCACCCAUGUCCCAGCAUGACUCAGACUCCAAGUCUGUGGACGAUGCAUCUUACAUUGGCUUCUUGGUAGCGAGCAAGAAGAUCAAGACGGAGUCAAGUGAAUCAGCCUGUGAGCAGACAGACUCCAAGAGGAUGCCCAUGCCUACAGAUCUGCUAUAUACACAACUGACUCCCAUGUCCGAUCAUUGUUCCAUGGUCAGUAACACUCUCCGUACCUCUCACUGUAGCCAGGCUAACUCCUGCUGGACUAGCUCCUCCUCCACCCCCAUCAACACUUGGCAUGGCCCUACCACCUCCUCCCCCUCAGCCCGCACACCCUGUGUGGCACCUUCCAAUAACAUGGGCCAAAACCAGCCAACAGCCCAGCCCACUGCCCUCUCCUUCAUGGAGGAGGAAAUGGAUGAAAUUCUGGACUAUCUCCAGACUGAGCAAAACAUUCAGGCUCAGGACAAAACUCCCUGCCCCACCUCCAGGCCAUCUCAUCAAAACUUCAACUACUACCCUGACAACUUCCCCACCCGGUCCCCAUGUAUGAUGGAUAGGAGUGGAUGUCCAGUACCCCCACAGCAUAUGCCUGUAGAGACCAGUGCUGACCCCACCACCUCUACCUUCCCUGACCCCUCCACAAACAAUGUCCAAUAUCCUAAUACACCCAACUUUUCAGAUUCACCAAUCAGUUCAAACCAAUAUCAGAUGAACUCUCCCUCCCAGAGCCCUAUAUAUCCCCACUCCCCAGGCAGUUCUAGCCAGUAUUGCCCCUCCCCCAGUAACUCCAACCCCUGCCCAGGGUCUCCGGGUAAUACCUCACAGUACAUGAGCUCCCCAGCCAACUCCCCACACUACAGUGGGCCACAGUUUCAUAGCUCCCCUAUCCACUCUGCCCAGUAUUCGCCCAGCUCCCCCUCCAACUGUAUGUACCCCGACUCCCCCCACAGUAGUUGCCAGUACUCCCCGCCCCCACAGGAGCCAGUCCAGCACACUGAUUGCCAACAGUACCCAGCUAUCAUCAAGGCAGAGUUUCCCGGUAGCAUGCCAAGACUCCAUCCCACUGCUACCUACACCAACACCACCGACGGUUUUAGCAGAUCACGCUGAGCCAGUUUCGUACCUUUUGAUGUAGCAAUAAUUCAGGCGACACCUUGUCACCAAGGGAGAGAACUGUGAUUGAUCUCCAAGUGCCCACACCUUACCUAGGCCUACAGAGUGCCAGAUGUACACCUAUAUUUAAGACAUUGACAAGUUCCUGGCUGUCUUUUGACAGCCUAGUUGGAAUUGCAACUUCUAGUUCAUUUAGUUUCAUUCAUUUAUCAUAUUCAUCCUGUCCUAUCUAUACAUAACUUUGUUACAGAAGGUGGAGACUAGCUAUAAUUACGAGAUGUUUGUUUAACAAACAUCAAGCUUAUUUUAUUGAUGAUUAGCUUGGAGUGUGAGUAACGUUUAUAGAACUAUUGUUUUUUAUAACAUUUGACCAAAGGAUCUGCAUUCCUUUCACGCUUUUUAUGUUAUACAUGUAUUUUGCCAUUUCUGAGCUUCUCAUGACCCGGAUCAUAUCAGUUGAUCCAAGUUAUUCAACUUUUUAUAUACAAUUUUAUACAUUGUAAUUAUUGUUUGACUUAGAAAUGCAGUCCUUUAGUUAAAGGAUCAGUCGAGUUUCAGACUUGAUUCUUCCAAUUAUUUAUAUUUGUUCUGAGUCGAGUUUCAGACUCAGGUUUUUGUAAUAUGUUAUAUGUGCAUAAUACGACAAAAUGACAGCAGUAUCGACUGUUGGAAAGCGAAAUGAUGAUCAGUAUAUGAUUUAUAUUAUGUAUUCUUAUAUCUACAUAAUGAUCAGUACAAUAUACAUAUCUACAUAAUACAAGACUUUGUGGAGGUUGUUAGCUUGACUGUGAUACACAGUUGUUAAGUUUAUUGUUGGUGCAUGUCCAUUUUAUUUGUUAUAUAGUUGUUUAUAUUAGGCAGCAGUGGGGGAUAGUGUUCUAGUUCCACUACUACACUGAAUUGUUAAAUUAUUUUGUUUGUUUAUUUCAUUAUUUGUUAUUUUCGUUACUUUUUAAAAAUUUUGAAUUCUUUUAAAUUUGUGUUCUUUUUUAUUUGAAAUUUGUUUCCUUGUUAUUAAAUUUACUAACUUCUUUGGAAUUUUAAAAGCACAAAAGAAAUGCUAUUAGAACCAAAAUGGAGAUUUAUUUUUAGAUAUAUUGUAGAGGAACUAGGAGCUAUUGCCUGGUGUUGCCAUGACAAUGAUAUACUAACCUUGACAACAGAUGUAUGUCUGUAUUCCGUCCAUUCAUCAAACUAAUUACUUUGCCACAUUUUCCCUUACAGUGCUUGAGUUUACCUCAACCCCUCGACUAAAGCUUAUCUUAAAGCUUACCUUGCUUAACCAAUGAAAUUUGACAUCUCUUAGACCUUGAGUUUGAUUGGCUGAGCUUUUGAGACACGACUCAACCAGUUGUUGGCGAUUUUGUGGCAAAAAAAACCUUAAAUUAACAUCGAGUAUCAAGUUUGUCAUGCUUAUGUCAUCAGCAAGACUUGUAUGUGUAUAAAACACAGUACAUGAUUGAUAUCACAUCAUCUUCAAUCCUUGACAAGCUUUACUUUUGAUUUAGUGAAGAAAUGCGGCUUUAAGACAAAUCUAUACACUUUAUUAAGUUAGUUGACAAGACCUAUUUCUGGGUUGUUAUGCUGCUAUGUAUAUGUAUUUUGAUUUUACAUAUCUUUGAUUUGCAAGGCAUAUUUUAUGUCAAUCACAUUUUUCUGUUGACAUUUAAAGCAUUUCAACAGUUUUAGUAUCCUGGAUACUAACAUUUUAUAAUUUGUAGAGACAGCUUAAUUUAUUUUAUGAAUGAGGUGAAAUUCAGUUCAGAGUUUUAUUUUUGUUUUGAGCUAUCAAUAGUGCUAAAACCAAACAAAUUCAACUUUUUAUUUUAAUAAAAAUUAUUUUAAAAGUUCAAAAAUUUUCAGUGACAUUUUUGGAUACAAAAUUAAUCCUUGCAAUUAGUUUGCUGUCACUAUUCUAGAGUUGUCUCCCCUUCAGUGAAUCAACCCUAAACAAAAUAGUCUAUGGCAGUCACUUAUAUUUAUUGUUUUUUCUUUUUCUUUUUUUAAAGUUUUUGGCAUAUGUAUAUCAACUUAUCAAAUUAUCUCUUUAUAUUUCAAAAACUUGUCUAAACCUGACUGUCAUAGACUAUCUGGAACUUUAUAUUUGGAGUAUUUCGCCAUGAUUACACAUUUAGAAACAUCUUUGUGUUUGGUUUUUUCUCACAAGAUUGCAUUGGAUAUCUAAGAUACAUCUAUAUUAAAAAAAUGCAUGCCUGUUGAUUCACUGGAGGGUUAUUUUUUUUAUUUAUUUUUAAUGGUUUAGACAAGUUUUUGUUAACAUUUAUUUCAUAAAAUCAGCAGUUUAGAUACAAAGAAUAUUUUUUGAUUUUUUUAAAAUUAAUUUUUUUAAUAUUUUUAUUUUCAGUUUUGUCUGAUAGAUUUCUCAGACAACAUCACAAAAGAUAAGCAACCUUUUUUUUAAUUUUAAUUUUUAAAUCUUAUUUUUUCAUGCAGAUAAAAAAUAUGAAAAUUCUACUAUGAUUUUUCUUUUUCAUUUUGGAUAAAGAUAGUUUAUCUUUUGCAAUAAAGAUAUGUGUUAAACAAUAUUAAAAUAUACCUCCCGUAAUUUGUUCAUGCAAUGGUUUGUUGGAGGAUUAAAACUUUUUUGUUUUGAAAUUUAGGGAAAGUUUUGGUACUUUGCAGAAAUCCGAGCCAACCUUUUAUAAAAGGAAUAUUUUGUGAUAUAGUUUUACAAUGAUUCCAUCCAAAUUGACAUUAUUUUUUCUCCAUUUUGGUACAACUGUUUUUAUGAUAUUUUUGAUACAUUGGUGUGUGUUAUGUGACAGGUUGCAACUACUGUGUUUAUACUUAAAGAAAAUUCCACCAGGGAAAAUAUCAAUUUAAAUGAAGGGGUUUAAAACACUUAAAGUUGUUUUUAGUUUUAUGUUUAUGAACAUCAUUUAGAAAAUUUCAUCAAAUUCAUUUACUAAUGAAAUUGUGGACUUUCAAAAUAUGGAGAUAUACCAUUUUCACAAUACAAAAUAUUUUCAAAAAGUAAAAGAAAAUGAAAGUUUUGAUACAAAUGAUUUGAAAAUUUUGGAAUGGUACUGUAAAUUUUUAAUGUAUUUGAAAAAGAUUAUUGUAUAUAACUUGAAACCAUGACAACUGGAUGCAAAAUGCUCCAGAUGCUGUAACUGCUGAUCAAUAUAUAAUCAAUUUUUUGUAUGAAUUUCUUCAUCUUCACACAUACUCAAUGUAUAACAUGCACUUUACCACAGCCACAUUUAUAUUUACAAUCCAUUGUUUUAACAAACUUUACACAUACCUUAACACAAACAGUUUUAUAUUAUGAACACUAUACACACGUGUAAGACCACAUAUAUAUACAACCUCACCUGAUAAAGACACUUUAUGUACACAUGUGCCAGUUUAUCUAUGUAUUAUGUAAACACAUGAUGCUACUUUUACCUACAAAUACACAUGUACACACGUGCCACUUUACCAACAAUUACAUAUUAUGUACACACAUGUGACGUUGACACGAGUGCUACUUUUACCUACAAUUUCCCUAUACAUUAUCUGUACACACGUACCAUUUUCCCACACAUUUUAAACACAUGUGCGAUUUCCCAACAAAUACAUGUCAUACGUACAUGUAUCACGUUCCCUACAAAUACACAUGUACUCACGUGUGAUAUUUCAUUGAAAAAUGGUAAUUAGACUACCUAUACUCAUGCAUGCAGAAAUCAAAGCCCUGUCACACUCUCUCAAACAUUACAACAGUAGGUAGCAGUUCCACAUCCAAUCCCAUAUCUGUUACUUCCAUACUGGUGUACAUAUCACUCACAAUAUUCUCUAUAUAUUUUGCAUAUAAAACUAAUUUUCAUACGUUCUGAAUUGAAAAUAUAUAAAUGUAUAUUACAUCAUAGAAACAUAUUUCAUACAUCAAAUAUUCAUCAGUUAAAAUAUUUAUAUAAAAUAGAAAUGCCGUUGAUGCAUAAAUUUUAAUAUCUUCAUUCUGGUUGUGAUAAAAAUAAGUAACAAUUAUCUUGCCAUUCUACAUAAAAUAUAUUAAGGAAAUUUGGAUGCCAAUGAUCAAUAAUUGUCGAUGUCCUUCUAACAGGAUUUAAUGUCAAAUUCAGAUGAAAAUUUGAACAUUAAAAGCAUGAAGUAUGUUACUAGGAUCUGGUGUGUUUUAUCCUGCCCGUUGAUCUUAGCCUAUGUUGUUCCAUUAGCCAAUUUAUCCUGGCUAAAUUAUUUAGUCUAUGUUGUAACAUUAGCCAAUAUCCACUGGCUAUUCACCUAGCCUAUGUUGUAGCAUUAGCAAAAUUAUAUCAAUGUUUGAUGUCUUGUAGAUGUAGCCAUUUAUGUCAUUGCAAUCAUCAGAAUGGAGUAUGUCACUUAAAGGGAUACAGUUUGGUAUUUUUUUGGGAAUUAUUUCACUUUAAGGAGAUACAGUAUAUGUCCCUGUGAAUUCUAUCACAUUAUGGAGAUACAGUGUGCUAUUUCUGUGUGAUUUUGUCACUAAAGGUGAUGCUGUAUAUUUCCAUGUGAAUUCUGUCACUUUAAGGCGAUAUGAAAUUUCUUUGGGAAUUCUGUAACUAAGGAGAUGGGGUAUGAUAAUUUACAUACAUCGAUUCUCUGGGAAUUGUGUCACUUGAAGGAGAUACCGUAUGGUUUUUCUCCCUGAAUUCUGUCACUUUAAGGAGAUUUGGUGUAUGAUUUCUCCCUGAAUUCUGUCACUUUAAGGAGAUUUGGUGUAUGAUUUCUCUGUGAAUUCUGUCACUUGAAGGAGAUACAGUAUGGUUUUUAUCCCUGAAUUCUGUCACUUUAAGGAGAUUUGGUGUAUGAUUUCUCUGGGAAUACUGUCACUUAAGGAGAUGCAGUAUGAUGUUUUACAUACAUGGAUUCUCUGGGGGUUGUGUCACUUUAAGAGUUACAUUUUAUACAGUAUUGUUAUUUCAGGUGCAGGGGUUUUCUGUAAAUGACAGGGUAUAUAUAUCAAAACAAAGGCUGAUUUCAAUUUAUGAUUGUGAUUUUCUGAGCAUGAAAGAUCUGAAGAUGAUUAAUGAACAAAUUUAGGAAUCCUUUAAAUAAAAUUAUUCUUUAAAAAGAUGCAAUAAAAUCUGCUACUCAGAUGGCCUACUUAUCCUAUAAAUCAGGAUAAUUUGUUUGUCAUGAGCUACAUAACACUGAUUUCGGGGUCAGAGAUGGCACAGCGAAAUCACAAGUCGUAAUCACUAAUACCAAUGGUAACAAUCAUAUGAUGUAAUUAGUCAAGAGAAGCAGAGCAGUUAGCACAAAAGUAAGAAAAACUGUAAUAUAGAACUGACUUCUGUUUUAAUGCUUAUCUUGAUUUCCAGUUAUGCUGUAAUAUGUUAUAUCUUUAUCAAGAUAGUUAAGGGUACCUGGAACCUAGAAUUGAGCUGCUAAGUUUGUCUAUAUUUCGGGUGACUGUGAUGUGAUUUUAAGGUGAUAAGGGUAAUAUUGCUCACUGAAGUUGCCAUUAGGAGAUCUGAGUACAGUUAACGGAUAAUCAGGGCCUUUUCGUCCUCUUAAUCCUAAGAUCCUUUUGGCUACCUCUUGCUGGUUUUACACCCUCAAGACCCUUACAUCCUCCUGAUGAUGUUGGCCUUACGUUUGUCAUCGUAUGUCAUAUGUGUUUUUGUCCUGCAAGCUUUUCCCAUGAUUAAAUACUUAUUUUAUUCCCUAAUUUUCUUUACAGCUUUUAAGCACUCUUUUUUUUAGAAUAACACAAAUGGAAUAUUAAAAGAAUGGAUAAAAUAUGAUGAAAAUGUAUAUUUCGAAAUGUCUUUAGUAUGUUGAAAUUUUGUGAAUUUUUUGCAUUUUCUUCCUUAAAACAGAUUAAGAAAACUGAUGGCUCUGCCAAUUUUGAUGAUACCAGUUGAGUGUAUAUUUGUUGUGACAAUUGUAGCCUAUUUGGAUUGAGAUGGUCACUCUCAAGGAAAUAAAGUUGUUUUGUGAUACCUA